AUGGCUGGAGAUGACAGUGACCCGAAAGAUCACCUAUAUGAACCCGCUCAGGUCAUCGAACUAGACUCUGAGCUAUAUGCUGCGGCCACCACUGAGUACAAGCGUCAUCCAGUAUACUCCUCCAGCGAAUGGCUUUUGGAAUCGAUCAGUUCGAUUCUGGCCCUGGGCCUCGUCAUUGCCAUCGUUAUUAUCUUCUGGUAUAUGGACAACAAGCCUCUCUCUGCCUGGCGCGGUCGCGUCUCUCUCAACGCGACAAUUUCUAUCCUAACAACUGCAUGGUCUAUGGCGUUGAUGCACGGGGUUAGCACAUUCAUUGGACAGUUCAAAUGGCUUCACUUCAAGAACGGGCCUCGCAAGCUUGCUGAUAUUGAAACAUUUGACGGAGCGAGUCGUGGUGUUUGGGGGUCUAUUCUGUUGCUUACCACCGUCAAAUGGAAUCUAGCCACCAUCGGCGCAUUCAUCACAAUCUUGCGACUUGCUUUCUCGCCAUUCGCACAACAGGUAAUUUUGAUUGAGCAGCGAAACGUCACCUCUUCUGCCGAUACCGUCACCUUCGGGUAUGCGCACAAUUAUAGCCGGAAUUUACUGAAUGAACUGACGACUUCUGGCGUCGAGAGCAUCCCGCAGGAUCCCGGUAUGCAGUCUGCCAUCUUCCAGGGCCUGUAUGAUAUCAACACCACAGAACCUUUCAACUGCCCUGGGACAUGUCGCUGGACCGGAUCAUACAUAUCACUUGGGUUCAAAGCCGAGUGCAAAAACGUCACCCAGGAAACAUUACAAGCGGCAACCUGCGAGGGUGACGUAGAUGCCCUGCAGAAAUGCAACAUGACAACACCAGGCGGAGUCGAUCUUGCAACUCGCGCUUAUUACACCGAUUUGGCGACAGCAUACUAUAUGAACACAUCCUCACUGCUGAUGGGCCUAUCAACUCUCGCAUUGCCAGAUACCUUUCCCGAAAUCACGCGAUUCGCGAUCUAUAGAUCGACCCCGGACUAUAAUUUUCGAAUGCACGACAUCAAUAUUACAGAUUGCUCUCUCUCCAUCACGGCCUACGAAUAUACAGGUGCGAAGGCCGACGGUAGUAAUUUCUCCUUUGCGAGCAGGCGGGAGGUCAAUUUCGGGGUGAAGGAUCCCUGGACGCUCGGGAUCGAAGCAGGAGGGGUCAUGUUAGCCGGGAGCAUGUACACCAACGAGUUGAGGAGUGGUGAUAUCCAUAUUCCUGCGCUCGGAACGAACUAUGUCAGUCUCGCCGCGCUGGAAAACUUCUUCAAGUCCACAACAAUAGUUAGCGAGUGGGUCGAAGGCAACUUUGCCAAUACGAACCUCGGCGUUUCCGCUGCUCUAUCUGGAGACGUGGAAAUUGGCGACCGGUUCGACAAAAUGGCGACUGCCAUGACGGACUAUCUGCGGUAUGGCCCGAAUACCCAGUCUGCACACGGAGAGGUAAUUCAGAGCGAGCCAUUUGUGUCCAUCCGCUGGGGGUACUUCGUUGUUCCAAUUGUGACUGAGGGGUUCGCUAUUUUGUUCGCCAUCUUGAGUAUUUUUAGCAAUCGCCGGAGCCGUCGUGUUCCUCUGUGGAAGUCUUCAACGCUUGCUGUGCUGGCUUGUCGGCAUGAGGAGCGGCUUGCGCUUCUGCAGACCACGGGCAAGGAUAUUGAAACGAUCAAGAAUGAGGCUGAGCAGGCUGAGGUACGGCUGCUAUAG